AUGGCCCUCCCUAUCCAGCACGCCCCCGCGCGCGUCUGCGGGACCGCCACGAGGGACGGCGCGUUGGCGCCGCCCCGCCCGGCGCAAAGGGCCCGAUGCCCGACGCGGGUGACGGCUGUGGCGGAUGCACCCGCACGGAGUGCGAGCCAGCCAUCGGCGCGGCCGAAGCCAGGCGUUCCUGAUGGUACACCAAUGCCCUACCCCAUGGAACUCCCUUCUCGGCCUCGUCGCAAUCGGAGAAGCCAAACGUUCAGGGACGCCAUCCGGGAAGUCAACCUGUCCCCGGCAAACAUAAUCCUCCCACUGUUUGUGCACGAUGGGGAAGAUGACCUGCCCAUCCCUUCGAUGCCAGGAGCCUUCCGGCAUGGCUGGAAAACGGGUCUGCUGGCAAAAGUGCGUGAAGCCCGCUCUGUUGGCGUCAAUCAAGUGGUCAUUUUUCCCAAGACGCCCGAAAGCCUGAAGACUUCAACUGGGGAGGAAGCUUUCAACCCCAAUGGCCUUGCACAGAGAUCCAUAUCGCUGCUGAAAGACAAUUUCCCUGACCUCGAGGUUUACACAGAUGUGGCCCUGGACCCCUACAAUUGCGACGGCCACGAUGGCAUCGUACGUGAUGAUGGCGUCAUCCUGAAUGACGAGACUGUGGAGUACCUCUGCCGGCAGGCCGUCAGCCAAGCAGAGGCUGGAGCCGAUGUCGUUUCACCUAGCGACAUGAUGGAUGGACGCAUAGGGGCCAUCCGAACGGCCCUGGAUGAGAGCGGCUUCACACAUGUGUCCAUUAUGUCUUACUGCGCAAAGUACGCAAGUGCAUUCUAUGGACCGUUUAGGGAUGCCCUGGCCAGCGCCCCUGCAGCUGGGAAGAAGAACAGGAUCAUCCCGCCCAACAAGAAAACCUACCAGAUGGACGCCGGCAACUAUCGUGAGGCCCUGCGUGAAGCUGUGGCUGACGAGGAUGAGGGCGCUGACAUUCUGUUGGUGAAGCCUGGCCUGCCCUACCUUGACGUCGUGCGUGCCCUGCGGGAUGCUUCCACACUGCCCAUUGCAGCAUAUCACGUGUCUGGUGAGUAUGCCAUGCUGAAGGCAGCGGCUGAGAAGGGGUGGCUGGAUGAGAGGGAGAGCGUGCUGGAGACGCUGUUGUGCUUCAGGCGGGCGGGGGCAGACCUGAUACUCACGUACUACGGCGUGGAGGCGGCACAGUGGAUGGAAUGA